AUGGCGUUGGAAGAGCUCCUCGCGACAUUCUAUGGGCUUCACCCCCUCAUCAAAGCAGGAAUUGUUGAUGUUGGCAUCCAGUGGGGACUAUGGUGUGUAGCUGCAUACCUAAAAACUGAGGUAUUCUACGAUCUUGCAGGAUCUUCAACUUUUUUGCUCCUUGCAUGGCAAUCUCUAGGAUGGGGUAAGAUGUAUCACACAAGACAGGUUGUUCAGACCUUGUUUGUAUCUGCAUGGUCACUAAGAUUGGGAUCAUAUUUGUUUGUUAGGAUAAUCAAUGAUAAGGGCGUCGAUAAAAGGUUCAAUCGGGCUCGAGACAGUCCUUAUUUAUUUUUCAUCUACUGGACUGUGCAGGCUGCAUGGAUCUGGGUAACCCUUGCUCCGACAAUGAUUCUCAACACUAAAAGACAAAACCCAGACCUGAGCGCUCGUGAUUACAUAGGCUGGAGUCUGUGGCUCGUUGGAUUCAUACUUGAGACAGUUGCUGAUACACAAAAAUCUUCAUUCAAGUCAAACCCAAACAAUCAUGGCAAGUGGAUUCAGACAGGGCUAUGGAAAGUGUCGAGGCAUCCUAAUUACUUGGGCGAAAUGAUGUUGUGGAUAGGCUUGUUUGUAUCAGCUUCAUCUGUUUUGAAAGGCCUGGAGUGGAUAAGCAUUCUCUCUCCAGGAUUUGUUGUCUUCUUACUUACAAGAGUCAGUGGUAUUCCAUUGUUGGAAAGACAGGCUGAAAAACGUUGGGGUCAACUAGCAGCAUACCAAGAUUAUAAGAGAAACACUGCUUGUCUGAUACCUUUUAUAUGGUGA